AUGGCCGUAAGGGAGAUUGUGGAAAAGUAUGAGAAAGCUUCGGGUCAGUCAGUAAAUUUUGAUAAAUCAUCUAUUACUUUUAGCCCGAAUACAAGGCGGAAUGAGGAAAUGGCAGUGUGCAACAUUCUUCAAGUGAGAAUGGGUGAUGGUUUGCAAAAGUAUUUGGGCCUCCCAGCCUUCUCUUUAAGGCAAAAACGACUACAAUUCAGUUACUUAACGGAGAAGAUUCAAAAGAAAUUACUGAGUUGGAAGCAAAGAGAGUUCUCUAGCGGGGGCAAGGAAGUUCUUAUUAAGUCCGUGAUCCAAGCUGUGCCCACUUGUGCUAUGCAAUGUUUCCGUAUUCCGGACUCUAUUUGCGAGGAUAUUCACAAAAUGUGUGCUAGUUUUUGGUGGGGCGAUAGUGAGGAAAAGAAAAAGUUGCAUUGGAGACGAUGGGAGCUCAUGUGUAAGCCGAAGGAAUGGGGAGGAAUGGGUUUUAGAAAUCUCAAAGCUUUUAACAGAGCUCUCCUUGCUAAGCAGCAGUGGAGAUUGAUCCGGAACCCCACCUCCCUCGUGGCACGAGUGUUCAAGGCCAAGUAUUAUAGAGAUACAGACAUCAUGACGGCGGAGGUGAAGUCGGGGGCUUCCUUUAUUUGGCGCUCGUUGAUGUAUAGUAGGCCCCUUCUUGAGCGGGGGCUUUACUGGAAGAUUGGCACUGGUCUGGAAGUUGAUGCACCGAAUGAUUACUGGGUGGUGGAGGGUCUUUCUAACAAGAUUGUGGGCAGGUCGACGGUUGAGCAUCCUUUGGCGGUGGCAGAUUUUAUUUCCCCGCCUGGGAGAUGGGAUGUGGCUAAAUUGUAG